AACUUGUUGACUAAUCAGCCGACCCCUAAUUUCACAGUGCAACAUUUCAAGCGCCUUGUACAAGCUCCACAUAUAGCUCCGACCUCUUCCAUUUUAAUUCGUAUCGAAGUCCACUCACUCCGCCGCUACCGGCGACUCUGCUCCGCUCCAUCUAUUUCUCCGGCGACGUCUUUUAUUUAAUAUAGAUGGACUGCAGAAUUCUAUCAUUGAAUAGGUCCUGUAGCUUGGCUAGUAAUCUUCGGGCCAUUCCUACACGCAAUACUGUAUUAUAUCGGAAAUGUUCUUAUCUGCCUGCAGGGUUAUUUCGUAAGUCAAUUAGGUGCUCAAUGAAGUCCUACAGGUUAUCAGAGCUUUCAACUUCUGAGGUUGACAGCCUCAAAGCUCGUCCACGCAUUGAUUUCUUCUCCAUUUUCAACACAGUUCAACCCAUUGUUGAUGAUGUUCGUAAUAGAGGUGAUGCUGCAGUUAAAGAUUACACGUCACGGUUCGACAAAGUUGUACUGGAUAGGAUAGUUGAAGAUGUCAAUGAGCUUCCAGAUCCUGAGCUUGAUUCAGCUGUUCGAGAAGCAUUUGAUGUGGCAUAUAACAACAUAUAUGCCUUUCAUGCUGCUCAAAAGCCUGUUGAGAAAGUUGUGGAGAACAUGCAUGGUGUCAGAUGUAAACGUGUGGCUAGGAGCAUUGCCUCUGUAGGGCUUUAUGUUCCUGGUGGAACUGCUGUUUUACCUUCUACAGCACUGAUGCUUUCAGUUCCAGCACAAAUUGCUGGGUGUAAAACUGUUGUGCUUGCAACUCCACCUUCUCGGGAUGGCAGCAUUUGCAAGGAAGUGCUUUAUUGUGCCAAGAAAGCAGGUGUGACCCACAUCCUUAAAGCUGGAGGUGCUCAGGCAAUUUCUGCUAUGGCCUGGGGCACUGAAUCCUGCCCA